UUGUCGUGCACGCCUCUUUUCCUGCUGUGGCUGUGAAUGGACCCCGGGAGGUGAGUGGACUCUGAGCAGAGUGUUGCGGAGGGAAUCCGGAGAAAUGUGAGGCCACGAAUAUGGAAAGGGGAGGCGGGAAGCCCGUGGCUGUUGUCGCAGUUGUGACCGAGCCUCGGUUUACCCAGCGAUACAGGGACUAUCUGGAGAAGGAGAAACUCUUGGACACACAGCACCGCGUGGAAAAGAUGCCGGAUGGCACCGUGGCGCUACCCGUGCGGGGAGAGGCGCUCCCUGAGCAGCACCUGCAGGAGCUGAGGAAUCGUGUGGCUCCAGGCAGCACCUGCACGCUAACGCAGCUCUUGGAUCCUGCUCCUUCAAAGAAGGCCCAGGGUUGUUCACCCGCCCAAAGGCUGUGUCUUGAGGUGAGUCGCUGGGUAGAGGCUCGAGGAGUGACGUGGUCGGCUGAGUUGGAGGCUGAUUUGCCUCGAUCUUGGCAACGGCACGGUAACCUCUUGUUGCUGAGUGAGGACUGUUUCCAAGCCAAGCAGUGGAAAAAUCUGGAACCAGAACUCUGGGAGAUUGUUGCUUCGGCACUUGGCGUCCAGCGUUUGGCCAAACGGGGACGGGUAUCACCCAAUGGCACUCGAACUCCAACAGUGACAUUGCUGCUGGGCGACGAUGGCCGGGUUGAGCACGUGGAUAAUGGGAUCCGAUAUAAAUUUGACAUAACCCAGUGCAUGUUCUCCUUCGGAAACAUCACUGAGAAGCUCCGAGUGGCAUCGCUGCCCUGUGCUGGACAAGUGCUGGUGGAUCUCUAUGCAGGGAUUGGUUAUUUUACGUUGCCCUUCCUAGUUCAUGCUGGUGCUGCCUUCGUCCAUGCCUGUGAGUGGAACCCCCAUGCUGUAGUCGCUCUGAGAAAUAACCUUGAGAUUAAUGGAGUAGCAGAUCGGUGCCAAAUACACUUUGGGGAUAAUAGAAAAUUGAAACUCUCAAACGUUGCAGACAGGGUGAACCUGGGGCUGAUUCCCAGCUCUGAAGAAGGCUGGCCCAUUGCCUGCCAAGUGCUAAGAAAGGACACUGGGGGCAUUUUGCAUAUCCACCAAAAUGUAGAAUCUUUCCCCGGGAAGACUCGCCAGCCUGCUGGAAUCAGUGAAAUGGGGAAGGAGCACUGGCCUUAUCCUCAGCAAAUUAUCAUCAACCAAUGGGAACAUGAAGCUCCCAGGGAUCCCAGGAGAAAAGUGCUGUCAGCGGCCAUCAAACCAGAGUGGCACAGAUGGGCAGAAUCGGCAAAGACUCGCAUCGUCACUCUUCUUCAGCAGGUGCACGGGGAACCGUGGAAAACACAAGUCUUGCACAUCCAACCAGUGAAAUCCUAUGCUCCCCAUGUGGAUCACAUAGUCCUGGAUCUGGAAUGCCGCCCCUGUCCUCUGGUUGGCUAGAGAAGGUAGAUUCUGACCUACAAGCUCAAUCUAUGUGCGAGUGACCCUUAGUGCAUCAGCUCAGGCCGGGUUCUCACCCCUCUUGUCUCUGGGCAAUCUAUUGGAAUAUUUUGUGGCCCUGAAAGCAGGCUCUAGACCAGUCCAAACCACUUCAUUUGUCUUCCAUCGAUCACACUGAGAAUGAGCUACAUAUUUGGGAGAAGCAAUGUGGCUUACUGAAAAGAGGCCCAUCUGCGCCAUCAGUGAAUUCCAAUUCUGACCUCAGUUCUGUCUGACCUUGGGUACAUGGUUUCAGUAUUCUUCUGGCCUUGGAUUUUCUUAUUUGCAUAUGGAGGUUUCUUCGAACUGCCUUACAUUUGAACUGCCUUUUUUUUUU